AUGGCACCGGAAUGCCUGACUUCGAAGAACUCCGGCUUGAAGAGAACAUCACUCGCGUUCGCCCGCAUCAUCUGCAAGUACCGCGGCAGCGUCAAGAAGAAGAAGAAGAAGAAGAAGAAGAAGAAGAAGAAGAAGAAGAAGAAGACCACUUACAUCAACAUUCCACGACCCGCCCUCCUUUCCCCUUCUGAUAAUCGCAUUCAGCACCCCAAUAACUCCGCUAACCCCUGUGCAAAAAUCACUGUUCGGAAAUACAGGUGUGACCGGCUCAUCCACCCCCAUCCCCCUUCCAAACUCCCAACUCACCCCACAACACGCAUCGCUGAUCUGCUGCCAGCCCGAUCUUCCUUGCCAGUCCCCAUUCCACCCAUAACAGUUCUCCCUCACCACAAUCAACCCACGCUCCCGGUCCUUCGUCAGCUCAAGCAAGUCGUCCAGCCCGAGCCCGUAUUUAUCUAG